AUGAGCUUAUGUAGUCCUCCUCUCUACAAAAUUGGGAAUUACAUUAUAGGGAAGCGAUUGGGUGAAGGGUCGACAUGUGUUGUACAUCUCUGUUUUGACAUUUCGACUGGGAUUAAAUAUGCGGUGAAAAUUAUUAACAAAAGUAUAUUCAACAAUUCGAAAGCGAAAACGCGGAUAGAUCGAGAAGUCGCCUUUUUAAAAAUACUCAAAAGUCGAUUUAUCAUUCAAUUGUAUCAAGUUUAUGAAACAUCAACGAAUUUAUUUCUUGUGAUGGAUUAUAUGCCCGGCGGUGAGUUAUAUGACUUGAUAUGUACACGAAAAACCAUUGACAUCACAACUUCUAUUAUUAUUUUUUGUCAACUCAUUCGUGCGGUCAAAUACCUCCACUCCAAAUGUAUUUGUCAUCGCGAUAUCAAGCCAGAAAAUGUCUUAUUAGACUCGACACUGAAAGAAAUCAAACUCAUCGACUUGGGAUUUUCUGUCUAUCAAGUCGACGACAAAAAGAUUUGCGAAUUUAGUGGAACCCCAGAGUACUCCGCACCAGAAGUAAUUUCUCGAAUACCUUAUAACCCUUAUAUUGCUGAUGUAUAUUCAUGUGGGAUGGUGUUAUACGUCAUGUUGUAUGGCAAAAGAAUGACUCCAGAAAACUACCCAGAAGACAAAGGGAUAGGCAUUAUUCUUCAACAAAUGCUUGAGAAAGACCCUGAAAAGAGAAUUACUUUGGAUGGAGUAUUGGAUUCUGUGUAUCUGGCAGAAGCUUUUAAACACUACACAGACACACCAGUCACAUUAUAUAGCGGUCCUUUGGUCAACACCCCACACCCCGACUUGUUAAAUACACUUAACUAUAUCGUCCCAUAUUUGCACGUCUCUACUGUAAGAAAUUUACUCGCAUCUCCAAACCAAAACACGUUGAAAGAAAUAUAUCGAAUCAUCGAGGCUCAGUACUUUAACACACCAGAAGAGUUCAAAUUCUCAAGAACGGGAAACCAUUGCAAACUCUUUGCAAUACCAGUUGUCGAACAACUCAAUGGCACCCAAAAAAGUCUGGAAAAAAUAGUUGAUUUUUCCAAAAACAAUUUUGCAACCGUCAAAAAUGUUAUUCGUUAUUUUUUGGAAGAUCUUAAUAUUCGGAAUUCACAGUAUCUUGGAUUUGAAAAUGAAAAGUGCUGCGAUUUCAAAAUAAAGUAUGUGGAAACAGGCGAGGGUGUUAGGGUCGUAUUGACAACGAGUCCGGGCGAGCACGGAUUUACGGACUUGUGUAGUCUGCUUGAUGUGUUGUUAAAACUUAGUUUAGAAUAG